AUGGUGGGGGUAAUGACAGGUUAUGUUGGGGAUGAGGAAGCAACUGCUUCAACCUUGAAUUCAGAGGGCUGGUUAAAGACUGGUGAUCUCUGUUAUUUUGACUCAGAGGGGUUCCUUUACAUCGUUGAUAGGUUGAAAGAAUUGAUAAAAUAUAAGGCCUAUCAGGUUCCUCCGGCCGAGCUGGAACAUUUACUUCAAUCAGUUCCAGAAAUUGCUGAUGCAGCGGUUAUCCCGGGGGCCAAGACGGAGAAGAAGAGGGGCAGGAAGAUAAUAUGGAUUGGGGUGGGGCUACUAGAGUUGGAAGUGAGAUAUCCUGAUGAAGAAGCAGGGCAGAUUCCCAUGGCCUACAUAGUGAGGAAACCGGGCAGCAAUAUCUCUGAUGCUCAAAUUAUGAAUUUUAUUGCAAAACAGGUUGCUCCAUACAAGAAGAUUCGACGUGUUGCAUUUAUCAACGCUAUUCCAAAAUCUCCAGCAGGGAAGAUCUUAAGAAGGGAGCUGGUUCAGCAUGCCCUUUCCGGUGCUGCUGCUAGAUUAUGA